CAAUAAACGUUUGCCUUGCUCGUCCACAAGGAAAUUUUCCAUGACCAUUUCCGUAUUUAUUACCUCAGUCCCGCCCAUGCACUUUCCCUCAUUCUUUUCCAUGAUUAUUUCUGCUGUACUUUCCGUACUACUACCCCGCAGUCUUUCCAGAGCCUUGUCCAUGCUUAUUUCUUCGCCUAUACCAUCCAUUGUUCUUUCCACACCUGCACCCAUCGCAGUUCCCGUCAAAUCCCCCUUACAGAUUCCCAUCCUACUUCCCUUGUAUCCGUCUUCCAUCCUGUAUUGUAUUACAACCCUUUACAGACUCAGUUGUGUCAGAGUGAUUGCAUACAAUGCCUCGAAAACAAUCUCAUUCCACUACCUCAAACCGGGUAGACCAGUCAUUCGACCGUGUGCUCGCCUGCUACAAGAAGCUCAAGAUAAUGGGAAAGCUGAUUAAAGAUGAAUUAUAAUAUAUUAAAGAUAUUGUCUAUAUCCUGGGUUCAGUGCAAGACUCACAUAAACAUAAUAAGUAUUGACUAUUUCUAUAUAAUUUACUUAUUAAGUAUGGCUUUAGGGUGGUUUUACUGUGUACUGUG